UCUCAUCCCCACGCCGAUCGAAGCGAAACGCAGCGAGCGAGCGCGAGAUCCAGCCAGCUGCGCGAGGGUCGGGUCAAUGCUGGCUCCCAUGAAUUCCUUCCCGUCUCGUCAUCUCCUCUCCUGUCGUCCUGGCUGGUCAAAAUCCUUCGCGUACACACCCACGCGUAUUACCAUGUAUACAUAGCCUCGCCCCCGUACGCGACUGCGAUAGAUCCCCCCAGCCCUCCCCGCCCGCCCUCCGCCCCGCCGCCUCUCCCUAUCUACGCCAGCAGCCCAGCGGAAACGCACACUGGAAAGCCGAGGGAUCCACGAGCCGGGCCGCGCUGCGAGGAGCCAUGGAGUUCACUGCUGCGUCGAGCAGCAGCAGGCUCUCUAAAGAGGGGGAGGAGGAGGAGGAGAUGGAGGAGGAGGAGGAGGAGGGGGAUGAGGCCUCCCCGCGUGAGAUCCCCUUCAUGACGGCCAUGACGGCGGCCGCCUCGUCCUCCUCCCCGACAUCCGCGGCGUCUCCUUCAUCGGCCGCGGCCUCCGCGUGUGCGUCGGGGUCGGGCUCUCCCUUCCGCUCGAGCGACGGCGCUGGGGCUUCUGGGAGCGGGGCUGGCGGCGGCGCGGGAGGGGGCGACGUGGAGGUGAUCGACAAGGAGCACAUGUUCGACAAGGUGGUCACGCCGAGCGACGUGGGGAAGCUCAACCGGCUGGUGAUCCCCAAGCAACACGCCGAGAAGUACUUCCCUCUGGACGCGGCGGCCAACGAGAAGGGCCUGCUGCUCAGCUUCGAGGACCGCGGGGGCAAGCUCUGGCGCUUCCGCUACUCCUACUGGAACAGCAGCCAGAGCUACGUCAUGACCAAGGGCUGGAGCCGAUUCGUCAAGGAGAAGCGCCUCGACGCCGGGGACACCGUCUCCUUCUGCCGCGGCGCCGCCGAGGCCACGCGCGACCGCCUCUUCAUCGACUGGAAGCGCCGCGCCGAACUCCGCGACCCGCACCGUCUCGCGCGCCUGCCCAUGCCCAUGCCCACCUCCUCGCCCUACGGCCCGUGGGGCGCCGGACCGGGCGGUUUCUUCAUGCCGCCCGCGCCUCCAGCCACUCUCUACGAGCACCACCGCCUCCGCCAGAGCUUCGACUUCCGGAGCAUCAGUCCCGCCGCGCCGCAGAGGCCGCAGGUACUCUACUUCGGCUCCGCAGGAAUUUUCCCGCACGCAACCAUGCCGCCUCCGCAGCCGCAACCUCCGCUGCACAUUGCGGUGCAACCGAGCCCGGCGGUCACCGUCGGCAUGCCCAUGGUUCUCGAUUCGACGCCACUCGUCAACAGCCCGACGGCGGCCGCGAAGCGCGUGCGGCUGUUCGGAGUCAACCUCGACAAUCCGCAUACCCACGGCGGCGAGUCAAGCAACGAUGCCAACGCAUUGUCGCUGCGGAUGCCCGGAUGGCAAAGGCCGACACCGUUUAGGUCGCUGGAAUUGCCCCAGCACGGUGCAGCCGGAGCGGAGUCGUCUGCUGCCUCGUCGCCGUCUUCAUCAUCAUCCUCCAAGAGAGAAGCGCAUUCCUCCUUGGAUCUCGAUCUGUGAACGAUAUUUGGUGAGCUCUAUCGGGAGCGUGCCCAAGGAAAGUUCAACAAUUCCUUCUUCAGUUUGUCACCUUCCUUUUCUUCCUCUCCACCUUUUGCGGUUCCGUUAUAACAUUGAUAGAAGCCAGCAUUUAACAUUUCAUUUUCGUUUUCGUUUUGGCCAAUCAAAUUCUUGAGUGUUGGUUUGAGAAUUAAUAUAUAGAGAGAAACUAGCGAAUCAAUCAAUUCUUCAUGAGUUCGUCUGGUUUCUAAUAAGAUUCCUUCAUUUUCGGUCUUCCCCGCUAUCCCAGUAUUAGCUUGUGAUUUCUAAGUCAAAUUAUUUUCCUUUACUAAUUGGUUGGUCCGCAGUUUGGUUGACCAAUUCCAUUUGCACCCACAUAUGAUAACACACCUCCAAAUUUGCAAACCCCCAACAGCAUUAAUACGGCCAAGAUCUGAAUCGUAUGACUACAAGCGCAGUCUGAUACACAUCAUCCCGAACUUGCAUCAUAUGAAUGAUCUUCUCCUCUAGACUGAACCUUCAACGCAGCUCUCAGAAACAAUAGCGAGGCAGUGACAUUGAUGGCGGAUUAGCCGAUGCAAGCAGCUGCCACCGGAGAAGCUACAUACGAGCAUUGCAGGUCAAAUCCUUCACUUCUGAUCUGAGCGAUCCUUAAAUUCCUGUAGUUUACUCCUCUUCAUUAGUACUGCUAGUCUGCUAUGCCGUAUCUUAUAUUUAUGUGCUUGGCCUUCUUGCUUUUAAUUCGUGAGUUUGCUGAUACUUUUUGUACCGUUUCAUACUCCAUAUGCAUAAUUAGCUGAUCGUAAUGGCAAAGAUCAUAGGGACUGGUACCAGCAAAUUUAAGGAAUUUCUGUCGCGGUUUUUACCCAACGGGGACUGGAAACUAAACCCCCAUAUAUACAUACUGUAGGCCAAAUUAUACGUCUAGUUUUGUUUGUCUGGGCCUGGAGUGGUAUACGCUCCAAGCCUCCAAGAGUUCUUUAUGUUCUUGGCAGUCUGUAAAGAAGGGGUGCAGUGCACUGGGCACUUGCCACUGGCCUUAACUUCCUUGUACGUCUGUUAAAAUUUUAUGGGGGAGGGAGGAGGGACCUCAGCAGUAGCUCGACUGUUGCUAUAACAGUAGGAACAGUGAGGUGUGCGUAUAUGCACAUCUCUUGGGGUAGUACGUCUUGCUCGGAAUUGCUCUCCCUUGUUGUCCUUUCUGUGUGAGGCAGUGAGAAAGACAAAGGCCUCUCUCUAUAUUUAACUUUCUUCCCUCUUCUCCUUUUCACUGCAGUGAGUAGGUACGGGGUGUACGCCUGCUGCUGGUAGCAAUGGGGGCAAGGCCACGUACUGACUCCUCAAUAGGUAUCCAUAACUAGCAAGGUGUAGGAGGGGGAUCCUUUUGCACUGGCAUGGCCGGAAUAGAUAUAUAGAUGCUGUGCCUGAAAAUGAAAGUACCUUUGGUCCAGUGUAAGCUCAAAAAGGAAUGGGAGUUAAUGAGGAAAUAAAUAAUGGGCAGGAGGUCGACUGGGAUUGUCUAUAUAUCACUAUAAGUGUUCGCUGUUUUCUUCUU